AUGACCCGCUGUUACGAUCAUAUCGACUAUUGGAAUUCGACACCUUAUCGGACCCGAAAAGAGAUCUCUUCGGACUCGGCUAAGGUGUUCGGCAUGUACAAGACCAAGGAUAAAAAGAUCAAGCCAGUUGACGAAGCAGACGGCGUAAGAGCAGCACCAGGUAGCAAGGUUGAUUGGUACGAGCUAUCGAAGGCCAAGGAUACGCCACAAGAACAAGUAGGAGAAUACAAGCAAUACCUCUUUCCGCGCAUUGCCGACAUACCGAGAGGCUCCCGAAUCACACCCGAACGCAUAGCGAACCUAGAUGUCGGUAAUACACUACGGCUUAAGGAAAGGGAUUUGUUUAAAGAGAUGAUGCUGAGCAAAGAAAAAUCAAUCGCAUUCGCUUGGCAAGAGUGCGCUAGCUUAGUCGACCUUUAUUCGGGCUAUGAUCAACAAACACUCCAUCAGUCGAGUAGGGACCUUACCGCCUUCUUCACAUCGCUAGGUCUCUUCCGAUGCACUACCCUCCCGCAAGGUGCUACAAACUCGGUGGCCCAAUUCGUCCGAACAGUCAAUCUCAUCUUAAGUCCUUUGCAACCCAAAGUCUCUAUGCCAUUUGUCGACGAUAUUGGGGUAAAAGGACCACAAACGGAUUAUUCCGACGAGGAAGCACUCCCGGGUAUACGCCGAUUCGUGCUCGAACACAUCCAAAACAUCGACAAGACCUUAGAACGGAUUGAGCGCGCUGGUGCCACAAUCGGGGAAAAAUCACAGUUCUGCCGGGAUGGGAUAAAGACCAACCUUUGGCCAGAGCAUGCAGCGCACCCACGUGACAAAGGUGCCUAA